AUGAUAAAAAAAAUAUACUUGUAUGAAGUAUCAAGAUUUGUGCAUAGAUUUCCCAACUCCUAUUUGUGCCUUGGUUCUGAGCCAUUAUACAAACGAUCAAGGCUAGAUUCCCUUUUCUUGACUGCACCUAAGAAUUUGUCACCGCAAUAUAGACAAGCAAAGGUCAGAACAAUUGCAAACAGAAUAUCCCGCAAGGAAGUUACUUCUGGAAUUUGCAAAUUCUUUUACCAUGCAGGAGUUCCUCUACAAGCGGCAAACUCCAUAUACUUCCAUAAGAUGCUUGAAUUGGUUGGCCAAUAUGGGCCAGGUGUGGUAGCACCUACAAGCCAAUUAAUAUCAGGUCGGUGUCUGCAGGAAGAAAUUGCAACCAUCAAAAACUACCUUGCUGAGUAUAAGUCAUCCUGGGCAAUCACUGGUUGUUCUAUAAUGGCAGACAGUUGGCUAGACGCAGAGGGUAGAACACUGAUCAAUUUUUUAGCUUCUGGUCCAAAUGGUGUAUACUUUGUUCCUUCAGUUGAUGCCACUGAAAUAGUUAAAGAUGCUUCAGAAUUGUUUGAGCUGCUCGACAAAGUGGUUGAAGAGAUGGGAGAGGAAAAUGUAGUUCAGGUAAUCACUCCAAAUAUUCCAAGUUAUAAAGCUGCUGGGAAGAUGCUUGAGGAGAAGAGAAAGAAUUUGUUCUGGACUCCAUGUGCCACCAAUUGUAUUGAUCAAAUUCUUAAACAUUUGUCAGAUAUGCCUAGUGUAGCAGAGUGCAUUAAGAAGAGCCAAAAGAUUACAAACCUCAUCUACAGCCAAAUUUGGUUGUUAAAUUUUAUGAAGAAUGGCUUUACUCAGGGGAAGGAACUUUUGAGGCCUUCCAUUACCCAGUUUGCCUCUAGCUUUGCUACCUUACAAAGCUUGGUGGACCAUAGGAUUGGUCUUAGAAAAAUGUUUCGAUCAAACAAAUGGAUUUCAUCUCAUUGCUCCAGAGCACGUGAGGCGAAAGAGGUGGCAAAUAUUGUAUCAGACGCAGGAUUUUGGAAGAAUUUACAGGUUGUUAGGAAUUCUGUGGACCCAAUGAUGCAAGUUCUUCAAAAGGUUGAGAGUGGUGAGUGCUUGUCAGUGUCGUCUAUCUACAAUGAUAUGUCCACUACAAGUCUUGCAAUCAAAUCCAUUUAUGGUGAACAUGAGCCAAACUGCGAACCAAUUUGGGAUGCCAUCCAAAAUCAUUGGGACUCGUUAAACCACCCUGUAUUUGUGGCAGCUUACUUCUUAAAUCCAUCUUAUAGAUAUCGACCUGAUUUUAUGGCGGUAGGAGAAACACCGACUGUUUCAAUCAUAGUUUAUAAUAAAUCAACUAUGAUUGAAACUCAAAAAGCUUUGUUUAGAUAUGGAACCAAUCCAAGUUUUUCAAUUUAG